CCUUCGGCGUCGCAGAAGGAGAGCAGCUCAGGCUCCGCCGCAGCCUCGGGAUUCGUCCUUCUCCCGGCUGCACCCGCCCCGCUCUCCCGCACCUUCCCCGGGAACGUCCAGCUGGACAAGCUUUGUAGGAAGUCAGCUUCAGAGAGGCAGACGGGAUGGCUAGCUCAGCCCGGGAGCACCUGCUUUUUGUAAGGCGUCGAAAUCCUCAGAUGCGGUACACCCUGAGUCCAGAGAACCUCCAGAGCCUGGCUGCCCAGAGCUCCAUGACUGAGAAUAUGACCCUACAGCGGGCCAACAGUGACACAGAUCUGGUGACCUCUGAGAGCCGCUCCAGCUUGACGGCCAGCAUGUAUGAGUACACGCUGGGGCAAGCCCAGAACCUCAUCAUCUUCUGGGACAUUAAAGAGGAGGUCGAUCCCAGUGAUUGGAUUGGACUGUAUCACAUAGAUGAGAAUUCUCCAGCCAACUUCUGGGAUUCUAAAAACAGGGGUGUGACUGGAACACAAAAAGGACAAAUUGUAUGGAGAAUUGAGCCUGGGCCCUAUUUCAUGGAACCCGAGAUAAAAAUCUGUUUCAAAUACUACCACGGCAUCAGUGGAGCCCUGCGCGCCACGACCCCUUGCAUCACGGUGAAGAACCCCGCUGUGAUGAUGGGGGCAGAAGGCAUGGAAGGAGGGGCUUCAGGAAAUCAGCAUUCUCGGAAGCUUGUUAGCUUUACUUUGUCAGACCUUAGGGCAGUUGGGCUAAAGAAAGGCAUGUUCUUCAAUCCUGACCCUUACCUUAAGAUGUCCAUUCAGCCAGGGAAGAAGAGCAGUUUCCCUACCUGUGCCCACCACGGGCAGGAGAGGAGGUCUACUAUCAUCAGUAACACCACCAAUCCAAUUUGGCACCGAGAGAAAUACUCCUUUUUUGCACUCCUUACUGAUGUCUUAGAGAUUGAAAUUAAAGACAAGUUUGCUAAGAGCCGGCCUAUCAUUAAGCGUUUCCUGGGGAAGCUCACCAUCCCAGUCCAGAGGCUACUGGAGCGGCAAGCCAUUGGUGAUCAGAUGCUCAGCUACAACCUUGGUAGAAGGCUCCCAGCUGACCAUGUGAGUGGGUACCUCCAGUUCAGAGUGGAGGUCACAUCUUCUGUGCACGAAGAUGCCUCUCCGGAAGCUGUUGGCACAAUACUUGGAGUCAGUUCUGUGAACGGAGACCUAGGAAGCCCUUCUGAUGAGGAGGACAUGCCAGGGGGCCAUCACGACAGCCCAGUUUGUUCCAAUGGCCCAGUUUCUGAGGAGAGUGCUGAUGGGACCCCCAAGCAUUCUCUCAGGACUAGUUCUACUCUGGAAAUAGACACAGAGGAAUUAACUUCUACGUCUUCAAGGACCUCACCUCCCAGAGGACGUCAGGAUUCACUCAAUGAUUAUUUAGAUGCUAUUGAACACAGUGGCCAUUCUAGGUCAGGUGCAGCUACUUGCUCGGAGAGGUCUGUGGGAGCCUCUCCAAAGCUAAGGAGUAGUUUUCCCACUGACACAAGACUCAAUGCAAUGCUUCAUAUUGACUCAGAUGAAGAAGACCAUGAGUUCCAGCAAGACCUGGGCUAUCCAUCCUCCUUGGAGGAGGACGGAGGGCUGAUCAUGUUUAGCAGGGCAUCGAGACCUGAUGAUGGGAGCCUGACUUCUCAGACAAAGCCAGAAGACAACCCAGUGGAGGCCGAGGAAGCCUCCCUUAACGAAGCUGCUUCCUUCGAGGAUAAGCCAGGAAAUCUUCCAGAGCUUGCGGAGACCUCUUUACCCUCAGGCCCGGGCCCAGAUGAAAGCGAGAAUGGCCCAGAGUCUCAACCGAGUGUGGACCAGGGCAGCACUGACUUGUGUGGCUCUCAGGAGGCGGAUCAGCCCACAAGUGGGGCCGACACGGGCACUUCUGACACGUCGGGGGGGAGCCGAAGAGCCGUCAGUGAGACGGAGUCCCUCGAUCAGGGGUCUGAGCCUUCCCAGGUGUCCUCAGAAACAGAACCCAGCGACCCUGCCAGGACAGAGAGCGUGAGCGAGGCCAGCACCAGGCCCGAGGGAGAGAGUGACCUGGAAGGGGCCGACAGCUCCUGCAAUGAGAGCGUUACCACGCAGCUCUCCUCGGUGGAGACACGGUGCUCAUCCCUCGAGAGCGCGCGGUUUCCUGAAACGCCAGCCUUUUCUUCUCAGGAGGAGGAAGACGGAGCCUGUGCAGCAGGGCCCGCCAGCAGUGGCCCUGCUGAAGGGUCCCAGGAUUCCACGUGCACUCCUGGUUCCUUACCUGUGGUGCAGGCGCCCAGUGGAGAGGAGGAAGGGCCAGGGUCAGAAUCGGCCCCUGUGCCUGACCAGGAGGAGGUGGGGGCCGUCUGGCAGCGGCGGGGGAGCCUGGAGGGAGCUGCUGCUGCUGAGAGCCAGCCCCCGGAAGAGGGUGCUGCUCGGGAUACCCCAGGGGCUUGUGAAGGGGCCACUGCCCAGGAGGAGGGCGCGAUUGGAGGUUGUCAGUCCAACGGCCACCAGCCACUGCGAUCGCUGCCUUCGGUUCGCCAGGACGUUAGCCGGUACCAGAGGGUGGACGAGGCUCUCCCACCAAACUGGGAGGCGCGCAUUGACAGCCACGGCAGGAUCUUCUACGUGGACCACGUCAACAGAACCACGACGUGGCAGCGGCCCACAGCCCCCCCUGCACCGCAGGUGCUGCAGAGGUCCAACUCCAUACAGCAGAUGGAGCAGCUCAACCGGCGAUACCAGAGUAUCCGCAGAACCAUGACCAAUGAGAGGCCUGAGGAAAAUAGCAAUGCUAUUGAUGGGGCCGGGGAGGAAGCCGACUUUCACCAAGCCAGUGCAGAUUUCCGACGGGAGAGCGUCCUGCCCCACUCUACCUCCAGAUCCAGGCUCACGCUGCUAUUGCAGUCUCCCCCCGUGAAGUUCCUCAUCAGCCCAGAGUUCUUCACCGUGCUGCAUUCUAACCCUAGUGCCUACCGCAUGUUUACAAACAACACAUGUUUGAAGCACAUGAUCACCAAAGUCCGGCGGGACACCCACCACUUUGAACGCUACCAGCAUAACCGGGACCUCGUGGGAUUCCUCAACAUGUUUGCAAACAAACAGCUGGAGCUGCCAAGGGGCUGGGAAAUGAAACACGAUCAUCAGGGCAAGGCGUUUUUUGUUGACCACAACUCCCGGACCACCACCUUCAUCGACCCCCGGCUCCCGCUUCAGAGCAGCAGACCCACGAGCGCGCUGGUGCAUCGCCAGCAUCUGACCCGGCAGCGCAGCCACAGCGCCGGCGAGGUAGGAGAAGAUUCUCGACAUGCAGGACCACCAGUUCUUCCCAGGCCAUCGAGUACGUUCAAUACAGUCAGCAGGCCACAGUACCAGGACAUGGUUCCAGUGGCUUACAAUGACAAGAUUGUUGCAUUUCUGCGCCAGCCCAACAUCUUUGAAAUUCUGCAGGAGCGUCAACCUGAUCUUACCAGGAAUCACUCACUCAGGGAGAAGAUCCAAUUUAUCCGGACUGAAGGGACUCCAGGAUUGGUGCGUCUUUCAAGUGAUGCAGACCUUGUCAUGCUGCUGAGUUUAUUUGAAGAAGAGAUAAUGUCAUAUGUGCCUCCACAUGCCUUACUCCACCCCAGCUACUGUCAGUCCCCACGUGGCUCCCCUGUGUCCUCGCCCCAGAACUCUCCAGGUACUCAGCGUGCCAAUGCCCGCGCUCCAGCCCCUUACAAGCGAGACUUUGAAGCCAAACUAAGGAACUUUUACAGGAAGUUAGAGACUAAAGGAUAUGGACAAGGCCCAGGGAAAUUAAAGUUAAUUAUCAGAAGAGAUCACUUGCUCGAAGAUGCUUUUAAUCAAAUUAUGGGGUACUCCAGAAAAGACCUCCAGAGAAAUAAGCUGUACGUCACAUUCGUCGGGGAGGAAGGGCUGGAUUACAGUGGACCUUCCAGAGAGUUUUUCUUCCUGGUAUCCAGAGAACUCUUUAACCCAUAUUAUGGCUUAUUUGAAUAUUCAGCCAAUGACACAUACACAGUACAAAUAAGUCCCAUGUCUGCCUUUGUAGACAAUCACCAUGAAUGGUUCCGGUUCAGUGGUAGGAUCCUUGGUCUUGCACUAAUUCACCAGUAUUUGUUGGAUGCCUUCUUCACACGGCCCUUUUACAAGGCUCUUCUCAGAAUUCUCUGUGACCUGAGUGAUCUAGAAUACCUUGAUGAAGAGUUCCAUCAGAGCCUGCAGUGGAUGAAAGACAACGACAUCCAUGACAUCCUGGACCUCACGUUCACUGUGAACGAAGAAGUUUUUGGGCAGAUUACUGAACGAGAAUUAAAACCAGGGGGUGCCAACAUCCCAGUCACAGAGAAGAACAAGAAGGAGUAUAUUGAGAGGAUGGUGAAGUGGAGGAUUGAGAGGGGCGUCGUGCAGCAGACAGAGAGCCUGGUGCGCGGCUUCUAUGAGGUGGUGGAUGCCAGGCUGGUAUCUGUUUUUGAUGCACGAGAACUAGAACUGGUCAUCGCAGGCACAGCUGAAAUAGACCUAAGUGAUUGGAGAAACAACACAGAAUACAGAGGAGGAUAUCAUGACAAUCACAUUGUAAUUCGGUGGUUCUGGGCUGCAGUGGAAAGAUUCAACAAUGAACAACGACUGAGGUUGUUACAGUUCGUUACAGGCACAUCCAGCAUUCCCUAUGAAGGAUUUGCUUCUCUCCGAGGCAGUAAUGGCCCAAGAAGAUUCUGUGUGGAGAAAUGGGGGAAAAUCACUGCUCUUCCCAGAGCUCACACUUGCUUUAACCGCCUGGAUCUCCCUCCGUACCCAUCCUUCUCCAUGCUCUAUGAGAAACUCUUGACAGCCGUUGAAGAGACCAGUACCUUUGGACUUGAGUGACCUGGAGGCGCAAUGCCCAGAAGCUGCCUUCCUGAAGAAUGGCUGAGCAUUGGAAGUUCCAAGAGUCGCUUCCAUUAGAGUAAAGCUGAAUGCUGUUAUUUUCCAGGAACGGAUGCUCUGUCUCAUUUGGGUACUGGAGAGUGAUGAUGAUCCUCUUGGAAGGAUUUGGGUGAGCUUGAUGCCCAGGGAACCACCCAACAGUCUUUCAAUCAACAGUUCUUGACUGCCAAACUUUUUUCCAUUUGUUAUAUUCCAAGACAAAGAUGAACCUGUACACGAUCAGCUCCAUGGUAACUUUUAGAGACUCAGGAGAAUCAUGAAACUUAACCUUUGAACAUGGUUCAAGCCAAACUGACAGCACUUGGCCCAAUCUCCAAAUUAGUGCAAGUUAAAUAGUAUAAUAAAAACAAAUAUAUUUCCUGAAAAUACAUUCAUUUAAGCCCUAAGUUAUAACAGAAUAUUCAUUUUCUUGCUUCUGAGUACCUGCAUGGUGUGUACCAUAGGUUUCAGCUUUCAUGGGACACAAGUGGAAAAUGAAACCAAGUCAAUAUGAGGUAACCUUUAAGAUUUGCAAUAAGGUGGUCUGUGACAAUGUAUAUGCAAAGUGAUAUGUGUGUAAUUAUGGCUGAAGACAAAACUGUUAUCAAUGAAUUACUAAUGACAGAUUUUAUGCUUUAUAAUGCAUGAAAACAAUUUUAAAAUAACUAGCAAUUAAUCACAGCGUAUCAGGAAAAAAGUACACAGUGAGUUCUGUUUAUUUUUUAUAGUUUCAUUAUAUUUAUGUUCUCUAAGAUGUAGAUAAGAAUCGACCUAUCAUACUAUAUGUAUCAUCUGUUCCAUUUUCAUGUUCCAUGCUUAUUCGGGCAUCAUGCGUGUAUGUAUCCUUUUAAGCACUCUCAAGGGAACAAAAGGGCCUUUUAUUUUUAUAAAGGUACAAAAAAUUCCCCAAAAUAUUUUGCACUGAAUGUACCAAAGUUGAAGGGACAUUAUAAUAUGACUAACAACAACUCCAUCACUUGAUAAGUGUAAUAGAAAAUAGCUUCUAAAUCAAACUUUCUUCACAGUGCCAUGUCUACCACUACAAGGACUGUGCAUCUAAGUAAUAAUUUUUUAAGACUCACUCUAUGUGAUAGUAUGAUAUGCAUUUAUUUAAAAUGCAUUAGACUCUUCCAUCCAUCAAAUACUUUACAGGAUGGCAUUUAAUACAGGUAUUUCGUAUUUCCCCCACUGCUUUUUAUUUGUACAGCCUCAUUAAACACUAAGCUCAGUUAGGGAGCCAUCAGCAACACCCAAGAGAUCAGCUCUCUUUAGUAAUAAGAAUUCCAUUUUCCCUUAUCAGUCAAGACAUCACAAAUUGAAAGUCUCAGUACUAUAUUUCUAAGUCUGCAUUUUCACUGAUGCAUAAUUUUCUUAUCAAUAUUAAGAAACAAUUUUUCUAUAAUAUCUCAGAAACUGCAUGACAUCACUGGCGUUGUCUCUGCUUAGUUUAUCAGAGGGUGUUCUUCAUUUUUAUUACUUUGGGGUUACUCACCAUCAUGGUUUAUUUCUUAACUUAUGGCCACAACUAACCAGGUGUUCGAUAUAAUUAAGUUAAAUUGAGGGUAAUAAAAGCAUUGGAUUAAACAUUUGGUUUGCCAGCCUAUGGUAUUACAGGCAUUGCCGAGAACAACAUUUAUAGUAACCAUGGAAUUCCUGUUAUAGGGUGUUAGCUAUCUUAAUGUUUUAUAGAGGUCAAAUGCAUGAUUUUCAUAGAUGGUUGAUGAUGGUAAGAACUGAUUACUCUGUUGGUUAAACUACAUUUACUAUGGGGACCCUCAAGAGGAAUACUACUCAUUGUAUGCCUACACUAAAGGCAGGUACUGCAGUGUGGAGAAACAUUCUGGGGAAAAAGGUUACAACAAUCUGGAAGUAAGAAGGAUGGAUUUAUCUGUGUACUAUAAUUGUGUCAGAAAGAAAGGGAAGAAAAAAAUCUUAACUGGAAAUGUUAGUUUGUACUUACUUAUCAUGAAUAUAAGUAUAUAUUUAAUUUUACAAACUAUUUCUACUUGUUUGUAUUUUUUUCAUUAUAAGGGAAAAUAGUAUAACAUACUUUUAAAAAAACACAUUUUUGAUGGUAUAUAAGAUGUUUCAGAGCUGGCAUUCCCUAAGCAGCUGAUAGAAGGUUUCGAAAAUACAGCAUUUCUUUCAAAGCUAUUUUCAUAGACCAUGUUAGCUUGCAUUUUGGUUUGUGACACUUUGUUGUCACAUUCUGCAUUAUUAGGUAAGAUUUGAAAUAAAAUAUAUCUCUCUAAUUAUUUCUUUCCAAAUACCAGUAUAAUCAUUAAUUGCUACCAUUCUCAGAGUUGAAAGUUAUCCAAGCUGUACCUAUCACAUCAGAAUACCAUGAUAAUUGAUCUCUUAUUUUUCAUUAGUAUAAACAAAAGAAUCUGAUAAUAACUAUUUAAAACAUUAAAUUAACAUUUCCACAGAAUAAAUUCAACUUUAAUGUACUCUACAAAUAGAAAUAUCCGUAAAUAUUUUCUUCUGGACUAUGAACCUAGAUAAUUUGGCUGUCUGGUCUUAUUUUCUUUAAAAUGCUUAUAAAUGAUGCAUAUAGUAUACCAUUUUAUAAAAGAUGGUCAUGAUACAUCAAAUACAUGCAGAACAUCUCUUAGGUGAGAGAAGAGGCAUUGGCAUUCACUCUGUGCCAGCUGCUAUGGUUGAUGGUUGAGCUACAAGAUUCAAAAUCUGUCCUCAAGAAGUUUACAGUCUAUUGGAAUACAUACCAAGGUUCAAAAAAUAUUUUAAAUAAAAUUUGAUAUGUUCUACAAUCAAGAGAACAGCUUGCUCCAUCUGGGAGUUCCAAUGACAACUUCAUAUGUGGGAGAUACUGUGGCUAAAAAAAAUCAUAUAAAUGCUCUUUCUGUUGAUACCUAAUGGCAUAUAAUAGUAUGAUGAUACUGGUCAAGUGUGGAAGCCCAGUGGAGAAGGAAAUGUAACCCACUCCAGUAUUCUUUCCUGGGAUAUCCCAUGGACAGAGGAGCCUGGCAGGCUAUGGUCCAUGGGGUCACAGAAGAGAUACAGUUGAGCGUGCACACAUGCUUGCACAUGGAAGCCCAGAGUGCAUUUACACACGGGGUUUAAAGUGUGAAAAGGUGGGGAACUGAACCAUGAUGGACCAACCCAAGGAUCUUCGAGUUAUCCAAAAAAUGACACAAUUAAGUUCAAUAGUUUCCCUGUUUCUUUUUUCAUCUGCACUGUGGUGUAUUAGGUUGGUGCAAAGGUAAUUAUGGUUUCGGACCCAUUAUAACUAGGCUCAGACACAUCUUUAUUAAUCAAAAUAGGAACCAUCACAGUCAACACAUUUUUGCCAAUGAGAAAUAAGUUUGUUUAUUCCUGUAGCAUAAAAAUCCAUACUUCAAGAUCUGACGAACUCUUGGAAAGCAUUUUCCCCGCAAAAAAAUUGUUGAUAUGCUUGAGGAAGUGGUGGUCAGUUGAGAUGUCAGAUAAAUGCAGCAGAUGAGGCAAAACCUCGUAGCCCAAUUUGUUCAACUUUUGAAGCGUUGGUUGUAUGACCUGCUGUUGGGUGUUGUGGAGAAUAAUUGGACCUUUCUGUUGACCAUGCUGGCUGCAGGCAUUGCAGCUUGUGGUGCUUCUGAUCGAUUUGCUGAGCAUACUUCUCAAAUGUAAUGGUUUUGCUGGGAUUCAGGAAGCUGUAGUGGAUCAGACCAGCAUCAGAUCACCAAACAGUGAGCAUGGCCCUUUAUUUGGUGCGAGUUUGGCUUCAGUAAGUGCUUUGGAGCUCCUUCCUGGUCCACCCACUGAGCUGGUCAUCGCUGGUUGUUGUAUAAAAUCCACCUUGUGUAGCAUGUCACAGUCUGGUCAAAAAAUGGUUCAUUGUUGCAUAGAAUAAGAGAACACAACACUUGAAAAUGAUGGGUUUUUUUGAUUGGUGGUCAGUUUAUGAGGCACCCACUUACUGAGCUUUUUCAUCUUUCCAGUUUGCUUCAAAUGCCAGACGAUCAUAGAAUGGUUGACUUGGGCAACUUCUCAUGUAGUUGUAAGAGGAUCAGCUUUGAUGAUCCUCUCCGUUGGUCGUUGUCAGCUUCCAAUGGCCAGCCACUGCAUUCCUCAUCUUCAAGGCUCUUGUCUCCUUUGCAGAACUUCUUGAACGACCACUGCACUAUAUGUUCAUUAACAGUUCCUGGGCCAAAUGCGUUGUUGAUGUUGCAAGUUGUCUCCACUGCUUUACCACCCAUUUUGAACUCAAAUAAGAAAUUGCUCAAAUUUACCUUUUGUCUAACAUAAUUUCCAUAGCCUAAAAUACAUAUAAAAUAAAUAGCAAGUAAUAAUUCACUAGCAAAAAACAUAAAGCAAGAAAUGCACAUUAAAAUGAUGUGUAACAUAACCACAUUUAAGAAUGGCAUCAAAUGGCAAAGUUCAGAAAUGCAAAACCAAAGGUACAUUUGCACCAAUCUAAUAACUUUGCUUUGCAGUGUUAAAAAUCCCAAUUCCUGAGCCCAUCCACCUCUGGGGCCAAAGUGUUUUUCUUGUGCAAAAAAAAAAAAAAGAAUGGAUCUUGGCCAAAGAAAUGUGGUUGCAAUUUUCUAGCAUCUGUUAUAUUUAUAAUUAAGUAAAAGUUCUGUAAUAAAUGAAGGAAAAUUUG